AUGUUUCUAGUGGCACCAACAUCACCAACAAAACGUAGUAGUAGUUUACCACGAGGAGGAGGCGUAGGAGAAGCGAGGAAGAUCGAGCCACCACCGAUGUAUCGAACUGAGCCACCGCGAGUGCCUCCUCAACCGCAAAUGGGUGCUGCAAGUAGAUUAGGUAAGAUGCAUGUUCUAUCAUUAAACGAAAACAAUUGGGCUUCGAUUAUUUUUGAUCUUGGAAAAUCUGAUUAA